AGCGAGGGGACGCGGAGGCGGGGCUUCCUGGGAGGAGCGAGAGCACGCGGAGGCGGAGCGUCCCGAGAGGGGCGAGCGCCGGGUGGGCCGGGCCUCCUCGUCCCAGGCCAGCCAGAGAGGAGGGCGCGGGCACAGCGCCACCUGUCCCCGGAGGACCAGGUCGGAGUCCUGUUCCCGGCGGGCCCCUGCUGUUCUAGCCUCCCAGGCCCGCACCGAGCGCCAUGGCCCAGCCACCGCCUGACGUCAGCGAGGACGACUGUCUCCCGGAGUACCGCCACCUCUUCUGUCCGGACUUGCUUCGGGACAAGGUAGCCUUCAUCACAGGCGGCGGCUCUGGAAUCGGGUUCCGGAUUGCUGAGAUUUUCAUGCGGCACGGCUGCCACACAGUCAUCGCCAGCAGAAGUCUUCCCAGAGUGUCGAUGGCUGCCAGAAAGCUGGCUGCUGCCACUGGCCAGAAGUGCCUCCCUUUAUCUCUGGACGUCCGAGCUCCCCUGGCCAUCAUGGCAGCCGUCGAGCAGGCUCUGAAGGAGUUCGGGAAGAUCGACAUUCUCAUUAACUGUGCAGCCGGGAACUUCCUGUGCCCUGCCAGUGCCUUGUCCUCCAACGCCUUCAAGACUGUGAUGGACAUUGACACCUUGGGCACCUUCAACGUGUCUCGCGUACUCUACGAGAAGUUCUUCCAUCGCCAUGGAGGGGUGAUCGUGAACAUCACUGCAACCCUGGGUACCCGCGGGCAGGUGCUCCAAGUGCAUGCAGGCUCUGCCAAGGCGGCCGUGGAUGCGAUGACACGGCACCUGGCUGUGGAGUGGGGCCCCCAGAACAUCCGCGUCAACAGCCUUGCCCCCGGCCCCAUCAGCGGCACAGAGGGCUUCCGGCGGCUGGGUGGCCCACAGGCCAGCAUGAGGGCAAAGGUCCUGGCAAGCCCCCUGCAGAGGCUGGGGAACAAGACGGAGAUCGCCCACAGCGCCCUCUUCCUGGCCAGCCCUUUGGCAUCCUAUGUGACGGGGGCCCUGCUGGUGGUUGAUGGUGGGGCCUGGCUGACAUUCCCUAACGACAUCCAGUCGCUGGCGGACUUCUCAUCCUUCUCUGCUAAGCUCUAGGCAGGGGACAGUGUGCUGCAGAGGAGCUGGUCCACACCUGCUCUCGGAUCCCUGCGACCUGCCUCCCGCCUGCCCAGCCUGAGCGCCAAACCUGACAAUUCCAACAAGAGUGUCUGAAGCAGAGACUGGCCUUUCCUCUAGGAACCAUGCUGCAUCCACAUUCCCUCCCCAUGGCCCUGUCUCCCAUGCAUGGGGGGCAGGGUCUAGGCAGUGUGGCUGGCCUGCUGACCUGCUCACACACGCCGGGGAGGUCUGGGUUCCAGCGCUUCGAGAGGGUUGAGGAGGCCAGGACGCAGGGGUGUCCCCCUUGCACAACCCAGGGUCAGGGCUGUCCCGCCACCCCAGCCCCUGCCUAGGCUGGCCUCCUUUCCCCUCCUGCCUGCAUCCAGUGGGUGUCCUGAGGUGGCUCCCAUGGCCUGGGUGGAGAGAAGGGGGCAUUUCAGGCUAUCUUCUCUUCCUUGCUCUCCCGCUUUGAGACCUUUGCUUGGCAAGAGAUGCCAAACUAGGGAGGCUGGAGAAGCGUGUUUAAGCCUCUCCACAAGACCUGUGUCCUGGGUCCUGUCCCCGGGGGUGUAGGCUGCAGAAGGGACCUCUGCCGGCCUCCAGUGACACGGGCAGGGUUGCUCCCCACCUGCCCUGGAGUCUGUCCUUUGCUGGGACAUCCCCAGAGGACUUAGUCCUUGGUCAUUUAGGGGCUCACUUUCUAGGUCCUCCAGGUGGCCUGUCCCCAUUGUCACCAGCACCCUCCCUCAGGCCCAGGGGGUGGGGGAUCUCUGGACCCUCAAUUCUUCCCCAAUGACCACUCUUUGACACACAUCCAGGCCAGGACCUAAGGCGGCCACUUGGAUCCUGGGCUUGUUUUCUGUGCUGUUUGUUACAAACUUCAAGGUGCUCAAAGCUGUUGGUCUGCCCUCUGGCUGGACAUGCGGCUUGGGUGCCCCCUUCCUCCCUGCCCCCAUCUGUACCGUCCAUUUGCAUAAGCACGGGUUCUAGAGUUUUGCCAGAAAAUGCAUUUACUUAAAAAAUAAUCAUUUUCCUGUGAAAAUAUCUAUUCAUUGGACUUCACAAAUGUUUUUAGAAGGAGGAGGAGGGCACCUGAACAGAAUCACUGAUGAUCUGGGCGUUUAGUGGUGUGUCUACUUCCUGUCUUUUUCCUGUGAAGAGUUUAGAAAACACUUUUUACCUAAUACGUGAAGCCCUGAUCCUGAGGCAGGGGGAGCCCACCCUGAGGCGAGGGGAGGCUGUCUGCUCCCCUGGUGGGAGGGGUGUCCUCCACAGCUGGUCCUGGAGGGGGGCGGGGGGCGCUGCCUGCCCUGCAAGCUCCUGGUGCUGCCACUAGAGUCCUGAGCUUGAGCCCUCUGCCCCAGAUAUCCACACCCACCUGAGUUCCUUCCCGCCUUCAUGGGUGCAGGGGCAUGGCAGGGAGGCCACCGGGCAGAAGGAGCUCCGCUUGCCAUUUAAACAGAGACCAGGGUGUGGUGGCAUCAAGUCUACCAGCAAGGCAGGCAGAUGGGCGCUCGUGAUGCCACGGGAGGAGGAAAGAACCAUGAAGGCAGUUCCUGGGGAGCUGCAACCAUAGACCCCACGUGCCAGAGAGCUGAGGCCUGCCGUCCCUGGAGGAGACAGAGAAGGCCCUGGGGAGGGUGUCCCGCCAGCCACAUUCAAAGGCCUGGGACUCAACAGCAGCGUAGCUCCAGGAGGACAGAAGAGAAUGAAAGGAGUGAGCCUUUUAUUACUGUUAGUCAGGAUUCUCCAGGAAACAGAGCCAGUAGGAUAUAUAUAGAUCUGCAGGAGGAGAUUUAUUAUAGGGACUGGCUCAUGUGACUGUGGGGGCUGAGAAGUCCCAUGAUCUGCCAAUUGCAAGCUGGAGACCCGGCAAAGCAGAUGGCGUGAUUCAGUCUGAGCCCGAAGGCCCAAGAACCAGGGGCUCCAACAGCCAAGGGCACCGGAAGGUGGAUGUCCCCGCUCAAGCAGAGAGUGAGGGAACUUGCCCUUUCUCAGCCCACACUGAUGAAGUCAGGUCUUCCAUCUACUGAAUCAAAUGCUAAUCUCUGAGAAAUACCCAGAGAUACCGAUCUACCAGCUAUCUGGGCACACAUUAGCCCCGUAAAGCUGACACAAAGUUAAACAUCACAGUUGCACACACCAUGAGGUCCGUGCCCAUGCUCAUCGUCUGCAUGUGGUGGUCAGUUUGGCUGUAAGGAAUCUGCCUUGCUGUUUGGCUUAGUCCACCAACCCCGGCUGUCAUCCUGCAGGUCCAGGACACCUGCUGGGGGCUUGUGGGUCACGGGCACACCUGGCGCGUUUCACUUGCCAGGUGGGCUCUGGGACGAGCUGGCAAAGGAGGGCCAGGUGCACGUGGUGAGGGAGUUAACACCGGCCCCAGCAGUGGCACUCGGACUUGGUGGCAGUUGGCAGAGAACUAGGUUGUCCCCUUCCACAUUAACAAUCUCUACAAUUCCCUUAGAAAAUGCCAGGUUCCCUGAAAGGAAGGAUCAUCUUUUAUGUGUGAACCUCAGCUGUGGAAGCUGAUUUACAGACCCCGCCCACUCCGAGUCCCCCUUCCAUGGCAUGAGGAUGCCUCACGUCUUUUCAGAACUACACAUAAAAACAUCACGGCCGGGCUUCUCUGGUGGCACGGUGGUUAAGAAUCCGCCUGCCAAUGCAAGGGACAUGGGUUCGAGCCCUGGCCUGGGAAGAUCCCACAUGCUGCGGAGCAACUAAGCCCGUGCGCCGUAACUACUGAGCCUGUGCUCUAGAGCCCGCGAGCUACAACUACUGAAGCCUGUGUGCCUAGAGCCUGUGUUCUGCAACGAGAAGCCACAACAAUGAGAAGCCCGCGCACCGCAACGAAGAGUAGCCCCUGCUCUCCGCAACUAGAGAAAGCCCGUGUGAAGAAAUGAAGACCCAACACAGCCAAAACAAAAACAAAACAAAACAAAUAAGUUAAUUAAAAAAAUAAACAGGAAACAUCAUGGCUACAGCAUAGGGCUGCCCACCACCGGGGUGCAGCCUUCCAGCCCCUGCUCCACGUUGUACAUUUUUAUUUUUAUUUUAUUUUAUUUUUUUGGCUGUGUGUCUUCAUUUCUGUGCGAGCGGGGGGCCCCUCUUCAUCGCUGUGCGCGGGCCUCUCACUAUCGUGGCCUCUCUUGUUGCGGAGCACAGGCUCCAGACGCGCAGACUCAGUAGUUGUGGCUCACGGGCCCAGUUGCUCCGCGGCAUGUGGGAUCUUCCCAGACCAGGGCUCGAACCCGAGUCCCCUGCAUUGGCAGGCAGAUUCUCAACCACUGCGCCACCAGGGAAGCCCUGUACAGUUUUUUGAAUGAAUAUGUGAAUGACCCCUGUGUGUUGUGAGCCACAGAAGGUGUCCCCGAGGCGUCGCCAUGAUGCAGUGAACUUUAAAAUUCACUUAACUAAACUGUUAACUUGGGGGAGUUUGGGGGAGUUUCUCUGCCGACUCCUGUUGCCAUGGUAACUUGGUAAAACUCACUGGCUUGCCUGUGCUUUGUCUGCGGUCACCCUGGAAAGGGCUGGAGGUCGUGCUUUUUUGUUUCUUGGUCCCUUGGUUGGCAUCCUCCACACGUAGGUCUCUGGUGGCCCCGCGCACUGUGGGACCUGCCAGGGGUGGGCCACUCAGAUGGAGGAGGAGACUUGGGAGGCUGAGGCUGACCUCGCCCGGACGCGGUCCACCCACCAGGUGCACACUGAGCCCUUUGCCUGGUGCCCUGGCUGGGGGCUGGCACAAGCACGACUGUCCCUCCGGAACUUCCUCUCGGCCAUGCACGUGGGCUCGCGGAGUGAAGCAGGGAGAGAUGGUAAAUCCCCAAGCACCUUGCCAGUUGGAGGCUCAGCAGAUGUUCCCCUCUCCUCUGACCCUCACAUUGCUUUGUCCUUCGCAUGUGGGUCAGACUGAGCCUGCCUUGCAGUGGUCACGCCCCCACCCUGGGCUGUGUGUCCAGGCGGGGUCCUGCUCACCCCUGGCUCUGCCCCGAGGCCCGAUCAUGCUGCAGCCGGGCAGCCGUGUCCUCUUGAGCAGGGCAGAGGGGCUCUCCGGGGUCAGGGCUUCCCAGGCCGGGGAGGGGACUGGGCGUGGGCCCCUUGGGGCAUUUCCCUCUGGGCACUUAGGCUGGUCUCUGCUGGAUGCUGCAACAGAUACAAAGAGGGGAUGUGGGGGGAGAUCCUGGGAAGUUCACAGGCUCCAGGGGUGGGAUGCACUGGAGCUUGGGGACAAAGCUGGGGCCCAGGGUUCGGGGGUUCUUCCUUCUCCCACUUGACCUGCCCUGUUAACCUGCCCCUCCCCUCGCUGCCCUUCUGCUCUCUCUGCCCAGGUCCCAGCUGCCCUGUGUGCAAGCUGUAGCCCAGCCCCCUGAAAAGAGACGGCAUUCCUUCUGUCAGACACACAUCCCGGUUCUUGGGAAAGGUGCCCCCUUCGGGUCAGGGUCUGGCUCUUGCUCAAUAAACCAUGGCCAAGGGUUGACUGCAUUAUAUGAACCUGGCAACUCCCACUGCUUCUAGAAAACGCGUGUGAGCAGGCAUCCCAUGUGGGUCCUGACUCACAUCAAACACACUCACUAGAAACCAAUGUGUAGACCAGCGUGCUGAGAAUGUGUGUGUGCGUGUGUGUGUGUGUGAGAUCGCAUGAGUCUCAGGUCCCCUCUCUGGCAAAACCCGAGGGCCAGUGGGAGAUGGCAGAGGCUCCCUGCUCACCUCUUGGGCCAGAGUUCUGCCCAACUCGGCUCUUCUGUCCUAGGGGCCGUGGGGGACCAGAUCCUUCUUUGGACUUCCCUUUUCCUUGAUUGUGCUAAUCGGGCCCUUCAAGGGAACAGCCCCUCAGAUGGGAUUGCUGGAUUUCAUGUUUACCGCUGCAUCCUGGUCCAGGUCUCUGGGAUUAGACCUACAUUACCCUGUCAGCAGACAGGUUUCUAUAACUCUUCAGUCAUUUAUUUACUGAUUAUCUUGCAUUAUUUCCUAGGUAACACAUGUUAUUAGUAUGGAGUUCCUUAACUCAACUCCCAGAGCAUAACUUUAUUUUCACAUUUUGGAGUAUUUGGGGGGCACCUCAUCGCAUCCCUACAUCAGAGCAUCUCAAUGAGACAGCACCUGACAGGCGUCUGCUGAAGAAGGAAUAAGGAAUGUUAGGAAUAUGCAGAAUUAACGUUUAACUUUUCCACCAUCACAUGUAAUUUGGACAAUUUUUACCCCAUGGGAGGAGAAUGGUGUGAAUUAUAUCUUCACCUCUGGAAAAUGUGACCCGAGGCUAAGAAAGGAAGUUCUGAAUCUGCGUACAAACCUCUCCCAGCCUGGUGCUUGGCGCCCAUCCCCCCGCUGUGGGCUGUGAUUCUGGCUGCAGGGGAGGCGUGGGAGGUGUGGGAUUUGGGCGCUGUGGGGACUGGAGAUGCCUGUCCUCACAGGAAGAUGGGACCAGGUGCCAGCAACUGCAGAGUGAAAUAUUAAAAUAAGAAAAUCAUCCAAACCUCGGCUGAGUCAGGAGGAAUUAAAUUGUGCCUUACAAACUCAUGGUCUAUUUUUACUCUAAGAAAUGUACUUUACUAAACUUGAAGGUGAGAAAAAAAUCCUUCCCCACUGAAUAAAUAUCAGUAAACAGGA